UCCCAUGUCCUGCAGUUCGGUUCACUUUAAACAACAAAUUCAGAAACGGCUUUUCCUAGUCAACCUUAGUUCAAGUUUGCUACUGGCAAAGUGCGCGCGUAUUUCACGGACAAGACGAACUGAAAACAUAAUCAGCCAUAAAAGCAAAUCCAUUCGAAUGCAAUAAUAACAACAAAACAAUAAGAAUAACUUUAGUAAUGAAACAUAACAAACCCCAACAACAGUAGCGACAAUUUUAAUCGCAAAUAAUAAUAUUAACAAAUAGUCGCUCAACAACAACGACAACAACAACAGCGGGAAAUGUAAAACUCCAAAGCCGGAUUAUAGAAAUGUGCAAUAGAGACUCCUAAUCGGUCUUCAACUUCAUCACCUAAAAAUUUUUGUUGUAUUUAUUGUUGUUGUUAGUGUCGCCGUGUCUUAGUGUAAUCAUUUUAAAACAAACGAAACGAAACGAGUCCUGUCACAAAUCAGCUAAGUUCAAAAAACAUAACUCCGAGUCCGUGUUCAAUUUGAAUCAACCGUGUGUGCGUGUGUCUGUGUGAAUAACCUACGAAUCGAUCGCAAGUGACCGCAGAGGUUCAGAAUGUUAGCGGGCGAAAAGUCGUUUUACAUUUAAGUUACCAGCGUCAUUUAUUGGCCACCCCAGGAGCAAAUAAUAGCUCGUAUGAAGCAAAGAAAUAUAUAUACACAUAAAUAAAUAUAUAGGAAACAAGAAAUUAUAAUUAGAUUAAUAUAAAGGCAAAUCGUGCCGCCAAACCACCUCAUAGAACACCAGAGUUAAUCUCUUCCCAUAUUCAAACGCCAUCAUCAAACAUAGCAUCGCCAUGGACGAGACGCAACAUUUUUGUCUUCGUUGGAACAACUACCAAAGUAGCAUAACAUCGGCCUUCGAAAAUCUCAGAGAUGACGAAGAUUUCGUCGACGUCACAUUGGCCUGCGAAGGGCGCAGUAUCAAAGCACAUCGCGUGGUCCUGUCAGCAUGCAGCCCCUAUUUCCGAGAUUUAUUAAAGAGUACACCCUGCAAACAUCCAGUGAUAUUGUUGCAGGAUGUAAACUUCAACGAUCUACAUUCAUUGGUCGAGUUCAUUUACCAUGGCGAAGUCAAUGUGCAUCAAAAGUCUCUGCAGUCGUUCCUGAAGACAGCGGAAGUCCUUAGAGUUUCAGGGCUUACUCAACAGCAGGCCGAGGAAACCCAUAGUCAAUUAGCACAAAUACAAAACUUGGCCAAUUCUGGGGUGCGCACACCCUUGAAUCCACUGCACACAUCCAUGUCCGAGGACUCGCCGUUGUAUCAGCGGAAUGCGGUGUCCCCGCCACCGCCACUACCGCCCACGCAAAUGCCGUUCUUUAAGCGAAUCGGCAUGUUGAGACGCGAGCAUAACAACUCAACGUCCUCUGCCGAAGAUCCCACCAACACGUUGAAGCGAAUGCGUGGCCCCGACAACGGUUUACCGCCCAGCAACACCAACAGUCCCGACAUUGUCCAUCCACGCAGCACUUCCCCCCAGUUGACGCCCACAGAUUUCUCCACUAUGAAGCACAACAACAACAACUCGCCCCCACCCAAAGAUGAGAAACGCAAUGGGUCCUCGACAAAUGCCACAGGAAACGGCGGCAGUGGUUCCAAUUCCAGUGCGAACGGCAACGGCAUUACAGCGGGCGAAAAAGGUGAAAGUCUCACGCCCUCACCCCUGACCCGUAGAGCCGAAGAUGUCAAAUCGGAACCCAUGGAAUUGGUCUGCAGCAAUAACAACGACGAGCACAGUAACGACUCAAAUGGCGAAAAUGAACAGCUUCGAGUGGGCAGUGUAGAUUGCGGCAAAGGCUCCAUAAGCUCGGUGAACGACGAGGAAAUUGAAAAUACGAUGCCACCGCAUCCACCGUCGGCUCCCUUUCUAAUCUCACCAGCCGAGUCCAAGUUAUUUCCAUCGGCGCCCUUUACAUUUCCCAUGGGCAAUCUAGACCCAGCCGCAUUUGCCAGUCUGAAUUCGCAGAUGCCCUCGGCCGCCGACAUAGCCGCUUCCCCCCAAGGUGGAAGCACUAACCUACUCGGUGGCGUUAUAGUGCCCGGGGUCAAUGCAAAUGCAAGUAGCAACCACCAUCAUUCCUCUCAUGCACUUCACCACGAACACCAUUUGCACCAAGCGAACGAGCGCAGUGCCGCCGACGAGGCGAGUGAAGCGGGUGAACGCCAUACACGCGAACAAAAGUCGGAGGCCAGCCAGCAAUCUAGUUCCUUCCCAACUACCCCGUCCCCCCAUCACCACCACCUGCACCACCACCAGCAGCAGCUGCAACAAUCAUCCCAGUCUGCACAAAGCCCCCCGCCCCACUCACACGCCCAUUCGCCAUUCGCCCUCCAGCAACAUCCCCUCUCCAUGCUACCCAGUCACCAUUUACACCCUCAUCAUGAACUUUCCACGUCUGCCCAUCACCACCACCAUCACCACCUGAACCGAGCGCCGUCUCCAUUCGACCACCACCAUUUGCUGCAGCACCGCCGAUCCUCUCUGUCGCCGUCACCCACUGGCCGAUCCUCCAAUUCCUCGUCGGCGGCUGGCAUUUUGGCGUCCUCACGAGCAUCAGAACUGGCUGGCGGAAGCCGACUCCUCUUGCCGCUGCCUCUGAAUGCGUGCCACCGUUGCGAUGUCUGCGGAAAAUUGCUGAGCACAAAGUUAACCCUGAAGCGCCACAAGGAACAACAGCACUUGCAGCCCCUCAACAACGCCGUCUGUAAUCUGUGCCAUAAAGUAUUUCGGACCCUUAAUAGCUUAAACAAUCACAAGAGCAUAUAUCAUCGACGCCAGAAGCACCAUUCAUACUUUCAUCAUGCAUCGGUGGGUGGUCCAGUGGGAGGUCCCUCAGCAGCCGGCAGUCGAUUGCACCAGUCAUUGAGCUCACUGAGCGCUGCCGCAGCUGCCAACAGUUCGGCCAACAAUAGGAGCAACGACAAUGCGGUAGCGGCAGCUGCCGCGGCCGCCGCCGCAGCCGCUGAACUGUUGCUGUCACCAAUCGUCGGAGCGGCUGCUGUGGCCGGUAAUAAUUCUGGGCAAACCAUGCAGUUGUCCUCGCACCAGCAGCAAUCAUCACCCAACAUCGUAAAACCCUGUAUGGACUACUUAUAAGAUCAGCAUAACUUUCUUCAGCACCUCUUUAGUUUUGCCAUGAACCCCGCGGGACCUGCGCCAGGAUCGGCCAUAGCUCACCAUAGCAUGUCAUCAUCUGGCCACGCCGAUGAUGUCGCGCCAUCACAAGCAGCGCUGCAACAAGCCCAACUACCCCCGCCACCCUCGACUACUCCAUCUUCAUCAUGUCACGUCGCACAGACGGACCUGCCGCCGCCGCCGCCACAUCCGCCUAUCGUAGAUCUGACACAAAUGGAAAACUAUGCCAUGGCCACUUGCGAGGAUCCAUACAGCAACAUGCAUCUGCUAAAUCAAUGAAUGAAGCGUCUGACAUUUCGCCCCACAAAAUUAUCGAACCCCAUCACCCACCAAAACACCAGCAUCCCCCAUCCCUCAUCACCCAUCCCCAAACCCUUUUUGGAUCUCAAAAACACUUACAAAGAUUUAUUUUAUUAAUAUUUAGGCGAAUUCAAAACUGUGAUUUUUACAAAAUAACAUUUUUAAAAUUUCAUUUAAAACACUAAAGAGAGAAUCGAGAGAGAGAGCCUGAGUAGGAAUAUACAGCUCGACUCUCAUAUCAUGCUAGCGUAUUCGUAAGUUCAUCGACUAGGAAACUGAACGCAUUUUGCAAAGCAAAUGCUCUUAAUUAAGGACCCACCCCACACCCCAAUAUUCCCCCACCCCCUAACCAUUCCCCAACCCAAUUAAGUGUUUGAACAAAAACAAAAAUGAUUUGUGCAAUUGUAUUUCGAUUUUAAUUUUUUGUUUUAGAUUUUAUUUUAUUUUAUUUUUUUUUUGUGUAUUUAUUGUUUUACUUUUCAUAAUAUUCUCGACAAUACACCAAUCGGUAUUAAAAUUAGUCUGUCUACCAGAAACAAACGAAGAAGAAAGAAAAAAACAAAACAAAAAGAAACUAAGAAACCAAAAAAUUCAAAGAAGAAAGUCAGACCCCCCUUCGGAAGACCUUUAGACCGAGUGAUGUAGGAACUGCAACUACAAGGACUGGGACUUAUUGUGUAACUCAAAAGAAGAAUUCAAAUAUAUGUAUGUAGAAUACAAACACACACACAUACACAUGCAGGACUAGGACGACCCCAAUGUAUAUAUAAGUUCUGAGCUAAUCUGCAUUUUAGAUUUACAUAUACAUACACGCAUUUUUAGGCGAUAUGCAUACAUGCAUGCAUACAUAAGAUAGAGAAAGGUAUAUACAUGUACAUACAUACAAACAAAUUCGUUUCAAUGUAAAUAGGCGUAUUCGAUACAACCUUAUAAAGAGCGAAGCCAGCUCGAUUCUUUUUUCUAUAAAUUUGUAUUCAAUGGUAGAACGCCCGGAAAUGGGUCCAAUAUCUGUGGCGUGUUGGGCGUUUACAUUUUCGUAAGCAUUAGAGCUUUCAAAAGAUGCAAGUCCGGGAAACCUCAACAUUCCAGGUGAUAUGGACCCGCCCAUUUGUAUUUUUAUUUGUGCCCUUUUGGAAUCCAAUGGAAAUUAUUUUUUAGUUUGUUUUCGGUUUUCGCAUCGGCGUUGGCUCCUUUUUGUGUUAAACACAUUUGGCCAGCGAGACUUGCGCUCACUUGUACUGUUUUAGGCAUUGAAAGGACUGAUAGUUUUAGGUUUAAGAUCAAAAUCAAUUAAGAAUUUGCUUUAAAAUUCCUUUGGCAAUGGUUGACCAACGUUUUUUAUUGGCGAUAUUGUUUUAGAGGAAUCAAAUCAAAAUUUUUCCCCGAGCGAGAUAGAGAUAGAGAGAGAGAGAAGUGAAGAAAAUCCAUUUUCGUUGCAAAGACUGACUUUUAUUUGGGACUUUUCGCAAGAAACAAAAAUUGAUCCAUCUCAAAAUUAUUAGAAAUUAUUGUGUAAUUAUUAAAUUGUGAUUAUUGAACGCAUACUGUUGUCGAAUGAUCAUAGCGAUGUUGAAGUUGAUGUCGGCAUCGUCAAGUGUGCUUAGAAUUGAAACCGAACGAGACGACACGAAACGCUAAGCUAAAACACAAACAAACAAGUCUGACUAUACACAAACACACGUAUACAUACACAUGUAUAUUUGUAAUGUUUUUAUUUUCUUUUCACCAAAUUACAUUUUGUAAGCAAUCGUUUUCCAAUGCUCUGCCCCCAAUUCUCAUGUCGAGCAGAAGAGUGCGUAAAAGCAAAAAUACGACCACAACUACCACUACUAUAACUGUUACAUUUAAGUAUUAUUAUGAUUAUUAUUAUUAUUAUUAUUGACUAUUACUGUUUCAUUUGUAUACAAUACAAACACCUACAAUAUGUUCCAGAAUUUUUGAUAUUUUGUGACCCCCAAUGCCCAUCAAUCUACUUACAGAUAUGACAUACUUGUUUACAAAAUUACACCUAUUUACAUACAUACAUACAUACGUAUAAAUAUAAGUACAUACACACAUAUAGGAUAUAUGAUGUAAAUGUUUUGUUGUUACAAUAAAUUACAAAUGAAGAUAUGUACAUACAAGCAAACAACCUAUCGACUAUAAACACACAUACACGCCCUCAUUCAAACAAACACACACAAACACACACAUGUACUAUCCAAUAAGACGAAGAAGAACUCAGAUUCUCCUAGUUUUCUUUAUUUUUUGUUUUUAUACAUUAUUUUAUUACUUUUUUCUAUAUCUCUGUUCAACUCAUUAUGGAAGAUUUACUAAAUUGUUUUUAGUAUUUGUUCUCAUCCAGCCGCUGCAUUACAGCAAUCCCAAAACGUAUAUACUAUCACAGCAUACAUGCAUACAUAUAAACAUAUAUAAAUGAAUAAUAAAUAAAUAAAUUUAAAUUUACCUAAUACAAAUACAAACCAACAGCAAACAUAUAAAUAAAAACCAACUCCUAUUUAUUUCAA